GAGCUCCAGAACCAGGCUGUGAGGCCUUGGUCUGAGGCAGUAUCUUUAGUCACAGAGCAUAAGAGGUCCAGGCAGUACCAGCAGUCAAGCUGAGGUGGUGUUUCCCCUGUAUGUAUACUAGAGGCCCCUCUAGCAUCAAAACAACAGGAACCCCACAGUUCCUGGCUCUCCCAGCCCUUCUGUCAGUCCUGGAGCCAUAGCCUUUGCCCAGAGGCUGCACCCUGAGAUGCCCUCUCAAUUCCUCUUUCAGGUUCGCAGGGAACAGGCCAGCCGGGAGGUCGGGAGGCCCCAGAGGAGCACUGAAGGAGACCUGCCUGUGGGUCUCAAUUGCCCAGCUCCGGCCCACACUCGCCUGCUGCCCUGACCUGAGUCAUCAUGCUUCUUCGGCAGAAGCGUCAGUCCUGCAAGGCUGAGGAAGGCCGUCAGGCCCAAGGAGAUGCACCGGGGCUUAUGGAGUGCAGAUUCCACACUGAGGAGCAGAAGGCUGCAUCCUCCUCCUCUACUCUGAUCGCGGGAACCCUGGAGGAGGUGCCUGAUUCUGGGUCACUGAGUCCUGCCCAGAGUCCUCGGGGUGCCUCCUCUUCCCUGACCGUCACCGACGACACUCUAUGGAGCCAAUCCAAUGAGGUUUCCAGCAGCAAUGAAGAGGAGGGGCCAAGCACCUCCCCAGACCCAGCUCACCUGGAGUCCCUUUUCCGGGAAGCACUUGAUGAGAAAGUGGCUGAGUUAGUUCAUUUCCUGCUCCGCAAAUAUCAAAUUAAGGAGCCGGUCACAAAGGCAGAAAUGCUGGAGAGUGUCAUCAAAAAUUACAAGAACCACUUUCCUGAGAUCUUCAGCAAAGCCUCUGAGUGCAUGCAGGUGAUCUUUGGCAUUGACGUGAAGGAAGUGGACCCCGCCGGCCACUGCUACGUCCUUGUCACCUGCCUGGGCCUCUCCUAUGACGGCCUGCUGGGUGAUGAUCAGAGCACGCCCAAGACCGGCCUCCUGAUAAUCGUUCUGGGCAUGAUCUUAAUGAAGGGCAGCUGUGCUCCUGAGGAGGCAAUCUGGGAAGCGUUGAGUGUGAUGGGGCUGUAUGAUGGGAGGGAGCAUAGUGUCUAUUGGAAGCUCAGGAAGCUGCUCACCCAAGAUUGGGUGCAAGAGAACUACCUGGAGUACCGCCAGGUGCCCGGCAGUGAUCCUGUGCGCUACGAGUUCCUGUGGGGUCCAAGGGCCCUCGCUGAAACCAGCUAUGUGAAAGUCCUGGAGCAUGUGGCCAGGGUUAAUGCAAGAGUUCGCAUUUCCUACCCAUCCCUGCAUGAAGAGGCUUUAGGAGAGGAGAAAGAAGGAGUCUGAGCAGGAGUUGCAGCUAGGGUCAGUGGCGCAGGUUGCUGGAGGGCCUGGGCCAGUGCACUUUCCAGGGCCACAAACAACCCCUUUCCUGUCCUGUUACAUGAGACCCAUUCUUCACUCUGAAGAGAGCAGUCACCGUUCUCAGUAGUGGGGAGCAUGUUGGGUGUGAGGGAACACAGUGUGGACCGUCUCUCAGUUCCUGUUCUAUUGGGUGAUUUGGAGGUUUAUCUUUGUUUCCUUUUGGAAUUGUUCCAAUGUUCCUUUUUAAUGGAUGGUAUAAUGAACUUCAACAUUCAUUUUAUGUAUGACAGUAGACAGACUUACUGCUUUUUAUAUAGUUUAGGAGUAAGCGUCUUGCUUUUCAUUUAUAUUGGGAAACCCAUGUUGUUUCUUGAAUUCAGACACUAUAAGAGCAGAGGAUUAAGGUUUUUUAGAAAUGUGAAACAACAUAGCAGUAAAAUACAUGAGAUAAAGACAUAAAGAAAUUAAACAAUAGUUAAUUCUUGCCUUCUUUGUACCUCUUGGUGUACCCUAUGUAUCUGGAUUUGCUUGGCUUCUUUGAGAAUGAAACUGAAUUAAAUAUGAAUAAAUAAGUCCCCCUGC